AUGGGGUUGGACAGGUUGAUUGUUAUUAUAGUUGUUGCAGUUAUAGCAUGUGGAAGCAGAGCCGUCAAUGUUAGUUUCGACAAGAAUUAUCACGUUACAUGGGGAAACUAUCAUGUGAAAUAUGUAAAUCAGGGAACUGAAAUCGAUGUAUCGAUGGAUAAAGCUUCAGGGGCUGGGUUUGAAUCGAAAGUGGAAUAUGCUUCGGGGUUUUUCCAGAUAAAAAUGAAGCUACCCCAGAAGGAUUUUUCUGGAGUUGUUGUGGAUUUUUAUUUGACAUCGGAUAUAGAUAACAAAGGAGGAAACCAUGACGAGCUGGAUUUCGAGUUUUUAGGUAGCGACGGGCCACCUUUUACGCUGCAGACGAACGUUUUCGCCAAUGACGGCGGAGGCAGAGAGCAAAGGAUUCAUCUCUGGUUUGAUCCCACUUCUGGUUUCCAUACCUAUGGAAUUCUCUGGAACCAACACCAAAUAGUGUUUUACGUGGACGAUACACCCAUACGGGUAUUCAAGAACAACACAGACAUCGGGGUGAGUUAUCCAUCACAACAGUUGGUGGUUCAGGGCAGCAUAUGGAAUGGAGAAGCUUGGGCAUCGGGUGGAAAGAAAAUCGAUUGGAGUAAAGCACCAUUUGUUGCUAGUUAUCAAGGCUUUGAUGUGACUGCGUGCCAAUUCCAGGGCACUGCUAACAAAAAUGUGUGCUACAUUUCUAACUCAACUCAGUGGUGGAAUGGGGAUAAAUACCUCCAACUUGACCCAUAUCAGAACCAGGCUUUACAGCGUACUAGAACCCAAUACAUGUACGAAGACUAUUGUACUUCUAAAACUGCUAGUAUGCAUAAAGAAUGUAGUAUUAAUAACAGUACACAUGGAUGGGUCGAGGAGGUUGGACGGAGACAGAUGUUCCUUUAA